AUGGCCGUGGUCACAUCUCAGCUCCCAUCAGAAGGCAAAUGCCACACUUAUGAUCCUCAGAGCAAACCUCCAGAUUUGGGGCAUUCUAUGCUCAAGUAUUUUGCCUUCGAAGACGGCUACGUAAACUUGAACCAUGGCGCAUACGGCUCACUUCCUUUACCUGUUGCAUCAGAGUGCGCAAAGAUCGCAGCUGAAAUAGAGGCAUGUCCCGACCGCUUCAUGCGGUUCACACACCGCACUCGCCUCCAGCACAGCCGGGAGCUGGUAGCCCGAUUCAUCGGCGCCGAGUCAGCCGACGAGUGCGUUUUAGUACCUAACGCAACUCAUGGAUUGAAUACUGUGUUGCGCAAUUUCGAAUGGCACGAAGGCGACAUUAUCAUUGGUGCUUCUACUACCUACGGUGCAAUCUCGAAGACGAUACAAUACCUAUCCGAUAUACCUCCCCAUCCUAUCGUUUCAGAUUUUCCAUUGAUAUUCCCGUGCACUCACGCCAAGAUUGUGGAUGAUUGGAGGAAGCAUCUCCGUUUAGUCGUUUCCUCUGACGUCGGCUCAGCGGAUACCGUGAAACGCAAGAUCGUCGCUGUGAUAGACGGAAUAAUCUCCACUCCCGGAGUCCGCCUUCCAUGGACCGAGAUGGUGAAGGUAUGCCGGGAAGAAGGCGUAUGGAGCGUCGUCGACGGCGCUCACAUGGUGGGUCAAGAAGUCGACAUCAAUCUGGCCGAAGUGAAGCCGGACUUCUGGGUCUCUAACUGCCACAAGUGGAUGUCUGCAAAACGCAGCUGCUCUGUACUCUACGUGCCAAAACGCAACCAGCAUAUCAUCAAGUCUUCCAUACCGACCUCUCAUGCAUAUAUAUCUCCCACUGACCCCAGAGCGCCCAACUUUGUCGAUCAGCACGAAUGGACCGGCACAAUGGACCAUGUUCCCUACCUCAGCAUCCCAGCGGCGCUCGAAUUUCGGAACUGGAUUGGGGGCGAGCACAAGAUCAACGAGUAUUGCCACCAGCUAGCGCUAGGCGGAGGGAAGCGGCUGGCCGAGAUUCUCGGCACAAGUGUCAUGGAGAACGACAAGGGAGAACUGACUGCCAAUAUGGUAAACGUCGAGCUGCCGCUGGCGGGUGUGCCAGGGACGCUCGAAGUCGAUCAGUUCCUGAAAGAGCAGCUGCUGUUUGAAUGGCACUGCUAUGCUGCUCACUAUUACCACAACGGACAGUGGUGGACGCGGUGUAGCGCUCAAGUGUGGAUAGAGGUGUCGGAUUUCGAGUACCUCGGCAAAGCGUUCACUGCGAUUUGCAAGCUGGCAAGGGACAAGUUUGCGAAGCAAUAG